AUGAUUCAAGCUAUUCUUCGGGGUCGAAUCAAGGAAGCACAGGAUAAGGAUCUAUUUUCACAAAAGAUUAAGGCUGAGAUGGGUACAAACAAAAGUAUAGGAUUUAAAAUAUCUGCAGACAACAUGCUGACUUUUGAAGGAAGGUUAUGUGUUCUUGAGGAUGAAAGUUUAAGAAACGAGAUAUUAGAAGAGGCUCACUCCACCCCCAUAUGCACCAAAUCUAGGAGGUACAACGAUGCAUCAGGAUCUUCGAGGUAUCUUUUGGUGGAGAAACAUGAAGAGAGAAAUUGGUCAGUUUGUAGAGAAAUGUAUUAUCUGUCAGCAGGUCAAGGUAGAACAUCAAAGGCCAUCAGGACUAUUGAAAGCCUUGGAUAUUCAAGAAUGGAAAUGGGAGCACAUAGCAAUGGACUUUGUGAUGGCUUGUUAGAAAGAACCAUCCAAACCCUUGAAGAAACGUUAAGGGCAUGUGUUUUGGAUCUUGGCGGUGGUUGGGAAACACAUUUGACAUUAGUAGAGUUUGCUUACAAUAAUAGCUUUCAGGCCACAAUAGGCAUGGCUCCAUAUGAAGCUCUUUAUGGUAGGAAGUACAUAUCUUCUAUCCUUUGGGACAAGAAAAGCUAUGCUGAUGGUAGAAGAAGGGACCCGAAAUUUCAGUUAGGUGACAAAGUUUUUCUAAAAGUAGCACCAAUGAAGAGUGUAUUAAGAUUUGGAAAGAAAGAAAAGUUGAGACUGCGGUUUAUUGGACCUUUCAAAAUUCUUGAAAGGAUUGACCUGUCAUAUGAAGAAGUCCUGAUGAGGAUUUUUGAUAGAAAAGUGCAUCAACGUGGAAAUAGAGAAGUUCUCCUAGUCAAGGUUCAAUGGCGCAAUCACAGAUCAAACGAGUCAAUUUGGGAGAAAGAAGAUGAGCUUAAAACCAAGUAUCCAGAAUUUCUCAAUAACCAAGCCGUACAAGGGGGUACAGUGAAUCCAGGACCAAAAUCAAUUGUACCAUGCGGUCACAUGGUGUUAGAUGAGAGUGAUUUGGUGAUUUUGGCACGAAUCAAGGAGAAGUGA